AUGGCUUCUCAUUUCCCUCGUCGAAGCUUUAUCAUCGUCAUGAUCUUCUUCUUUUCGUUUAUGAUGCCAGAGAUUACAAUUAAAUCAGUGAUCGCCAUCUUUCGACCAAGCCCUUGGAAGCUUGCCCAUGCCACCUUUUAUGGCGAUGAGACAGCAUCCGAAACAAUGGGAGGAGCUUGUGGUUAUGGAAACUUAUUCACAAAUGGCUACGGCGUCGACACGGUGGCUCUAAGUUCUACCCUCUUCAACAAUGGCUACGCUUGUGGAACUUGCUUUCAAAUCAAAUGCGCCCAAUCCAAAGCUUGCUACCCUAAUGUUGCUUUCACGACGGUGACGGCGACCAACCUUUGUCCCCCGAAUUGGGCGAAACCAUCCAACAACGGUGGGUGGUGCAACCCUCCGAGGGUGCACUUCGACAUGUCGAAGCCAGCCUUUAUGAAGAUCGCCAAUUGGAAGGUCGGGAUCAUCCCCGUCGUGUACCGACGAGUUCCGUGCGGUAAAAAGGGCGGCCUUCGAUUCACAUUACAAGGAAAUGGUUACUGGCUUUUGGCGUACGUGAUGAAUGUCGGCGGUGGCGGAGAUGUGUCGGGAAUGUGGGUGAAAGGUAGCAAAACAGGAUGGAUCAAAAUGAGCCAUAAUUGGGGAGCUUCAUAUCAAGCAUUUUCAUCUUUGGUUGGCCAAUCUUUGUCUUUUAGAAUCACUUCUUACACAACCAAAGAGACCAUCACGGCUUGGAAUGUUGCUCCUUCUAAUUGGAGGUUUGGCUUGACCUACAAUGGCAACGUCAACUUUCGUUGA